UCCAGAUUCCGGAUCCUGCUGCCUAGAGUCUAGCCCACCCAUAUCUAUCAAAUAUCAAUGGGUUUGCCCGCCGCCCUGCGUUCCAGUUGCUGGAGCAGUCGUGCUUGAUUUUGUCUGCAGCCAUGCCCUUUACCCCCCACCGUCCCAUCGACUGCGAGCAGGACGACGGCUCCUCUUCCUCGCCUCUUCUCACCAAGGCGCUCCGACUCGAAGCCGUGCCCGAGGAAGACGCGGACAUCGAUGAGGCCGAGUUCGAAGCUCUGCCGCUGGGCAACCUCAAAGCCAGACGCAGGCGAGCCCGGAAGAACACCCUCUCGCGACGCAGCCGACUGAAUGACCUGUGCCGCAGCCUCUGGGCAUGUCGCCAUGUGUACUGCAACAUCCGCCCAUUAUCUCGAAGGGCCGUGAUCUGUCGGGCCGUGAAGCGCCCGUUUUGGGGUCUUGUUAUCCUCCUUGGCCUCCUCAGACUCGUCUCGUUCGUCUGGUCCGGCCUGGUGUACCUCUUCCCGGACGACCUCGACGCCCGUCUCGACGCCUGGGUUUUCCCAGCUGGUCGCCCAUCCAUCUUCUCCCACUGGACCACUCACGGCGUCGUCCCAGUCCGAUGCCACUCCCACAACGACUACUGGCGUGACGUGCCAUUGCAUUCUGCCCUCAACGCCGGCUGCAUUGGCGUGGAAGCCGAUAUCUGGUUAUCCGGUGACGACCUCCUAGUUGGACACACCCCCUUCACCCUCCACCACGAGGUUACCCUGCAAAGCCUUUACCUGAGCCCGCUGCUCGAUCUGCUACAAAAGCACAACACGCGGUCUAGCCAACUCGAACCGGUCCACCAAGACGGCACUCCCCGAGCCGGCGUCUUCGCCAACGACCCCACCCAGACCCUAACUCUGCUCAUAGACUUCAAGGGCAACGAACAGGAAUAUUGGACCCACCUGGUCGACCAACUCCAGCCCCUCCGUGACGGUGGCUAUCUCACAUACUUCAACGGUAGCGAUAUCAUCCCCCAACCUAUUACCAUCGUCGCGACCGGCGACGCACCCUUUCACCACAUCACCGCCAACGAGACUUAUCGGGACAUCUUCUACGACGCGCCUCUGGACAAACUACCCCUUCCUAACUCACUUCCUCUGGGGUCCGAGCCAGACUCCUCUCCGCAAGCUCCACCGGUGUACACCUCCGAAAACAGCUAUUACGCUUCGGUUGACUUCCGCAAAACCGUCGGCAGUCUCGUUCGUAAUCGCUUCUCGCAGGAGCAGCUGAGGCUGGUUCGCGCGCAGAUAGAGGCCGCCCAUGCUCGAGGUUUGAAGGUUCGGUACUGGGGGACCCCCAGCUGGCCGCGAGGAUUACGAAACCAUGUCUGGCAUGUGUUGGUUCGGGAGGGUGUGGAUCUAAUUAAUGUGGAUGACUUGCGCGAAGCGACGAGGCAGGACUGGAGGAAACAUCGAAGUUGGUUUUUCUAGGGAGCAGGCUUUUGGUGGCCAUGUUUUUAUUAUGGUGCCGGCAAUGGCUUGGUUAUAUGUUCUGAAUAAUUUCAUUUUCGUUUUUCC